ACCGUCUAGCUUCUGGAGGUCUGUUGAUGUCACAGAACCAGCUGGAACAACAGACCAAAAUAGCAUCAGAUGUACAAUCCGUGACCCCCAAACCGAAACAUCAUUUGUAUGUCCUGAAAAGUGAUCGGUCCUGAUCUGUCGCAUUAUUUUAUAUAACACAUUACUAUAGAACUACACAAGUAAUAUAUCAGAAUUUUGAGGCUUAUUAAUAGUUUGUACCGUUAGAAAAAAAUAACGCUUUGGCCUUUGUUGUCAUUCAAGGACAUUUUAAACCAUUUUCUAAACCCAGAAUUGUUGGGUGAUGUAGACAGUAGAAGGAUCUGGAUUUGGUUGGCUGAAAUACAUUUUUGGUCAUUUUUUUAUUUUUUUUGCUCGUGUAAAGAUGUCCACGGACCACGAGAUCCAGUUCUGGUUGCUGGUUCUGGGUUAUGUGGUGAACAAAAAGAGAAAGCGUAGACGUCAGACGGUGAGGAAUUACUGGGUGCACCCGCUGACCAGCCAGAGGUUCUCCAAGGGACAGUUUCACCUCCGUUAUGGAGAUCUGCGCACGUGUCCCAAGAGGUUCUUCAACUACUUCAAGAUGUCCAUCGGAACGUUCGAUGAGCUGCUGGAGUUCCUGAGGCCGGCGCUCAUACGGAGCGACACGCAGAUGAGACUGGCCAUAUCCCCCGAGGAGCGGCUCUGCGUCACUAUAAAAUACCUGGCCACCGGACAAAGUUUCACUUCCCUCCAUUUCCGAUUUCUGAUUGGAAAAGCAACCAUCAGGUUAAUCGUUCGGGAGACCUGCAAAGCGAUAUGUGACACUCUGUUUAAAGUCUUUAUGCCAGAGCCAACCAAAGAGAAGUGGAUGCAAAUAGCUGAGGACUUCUAUGCCACUACCAGCUUCCCGAACUGUGUUGGAGCUCUCGAUGCCAAAGACAUUCGGAUGAAAAUGCCACCGAAUAGCGGGAAGAGGCACUGGGAUGCCAGUAAACAUUCUUUUGUAUUACUGGCCUUGGUAGAUAGUAACUACAGUUUUAUCACCAUAGAUGUCGGUGCUUACGGAGCCACAGGCUGCUGUAGUAUUUUUAAGAAGUCUACCUUGGGUCGCAAGCUAAAAGAGGGCAAAUUGAAGUUACCGGAAUACAGACCUUUACCUGGAUCAAGUAGUAAUCCCAUGCCAUGCGUUUUUGUUGCAGAUGAGGCUUUUGGACUAUCGGAGAAUAUCCUGAGACCCUUCCCCACCAGGAACAUAACCCCAAUCCGCAAAGUCUUCAACUACAGGCUGAUCCGUGCAAGAAGGAUGAUAGAUGGUGCCUUUGGGAUCCUGGCCAACAAAUGGCGGGUUUUCUAUUCUCCCAUUCAGUUAGAAGCCAACUUUGUCCAGGACAUCAUAAAGGCUGCUUGUGUUCUACAUAAUGUGGUGCUUCUAAGAGAUGGUUUUGUGUUUGAGCAGAUCCUCAAUAACCCGUUACAUGACGUGUCAUGGAGCACCGUCCGAGGGCCUGCUAGUGGCAUGCUGGUCCGGAACACCUUUGCCGACUAUUUUGUAUCCCCUCAAGGAGAAAUACCUUUUCAGUAUGAAAAGGUUUAAAACAAAAAGACAACUAGACUGACAAAAAACAUCACUAGACCAACAAAUGAGAAAAACUCAUUAAUAGACUUACGCUCAUGACUUAUUACUGGUUAUUUUAUACUUUGGCAUUUAAUUGGAGUUUGGCUGAUAUCCAGAGGGCCACUGAGAACGUUGUGAAUCAUUGUAGCAGUCCAUGAUUCAUAGACUGAGAGCCGUGCUCUUCUAGGUCCUGUGUGAGCAGCUUCCCCCUCUGCAUAGUGACAGCAGGGGGUCACUUGCUAUGCAUUCAAAGUAUGUGUAUGUAUUUUUUCAACAAAUACAAGGAAUAAUCUGAUUGGAUGAGGUUGAGAUUUGGGGAGC